UCGCUGCAGUUCUGAUGGAUAGGCCCUCUCCAGCUCCCCUGCAGGAGGGGAAAAACCUGACAUUCCUGAAAAUGGCAGCUGAGACAUCCACAGAAGUUGCAAAAACAGCUAAACAAUUCGUCCUUAAGGAAGAGGUAAUUGUAGAAAGACAAUGGUUGAAGCUUGCAGAAACAACUUACACUGAUCCCUUUGGGAAAACCAGAACUUGGGAAACUGUAAAGCGUACUGGCAACAAAAAGGGAGUUACAGCUGAUGGUGUAGCAGUGAUAGCAGUGCUGCAGAGAACCCUGCACUACGACUGCAUUGUCCUGGUGAAACAGUUCAGGCCCCCAAUCAAUGGCUACUGCUUGGAAUUUCCUGCAGGCCUCAUUGAGGAAAACGAGUCAGCAGAAAGUGCUGCGCUUCGAGAGCUGAAGGAAGAAACUGGCUACAAGGGGGAAGUCAUUGAAUGUACUCCAGCUCUGUGCUUGGACCCAGGAAUGUCAAACAGCACAACACACAUCGUGAGCGUCAUCAUAAAUGGAGAUGAGGCUGAGAACACAAGACCUAAGCAAAACCUUGAUGAUGGAGAAUUUGUGGAAGUUGUUUCACUUCCAAAGAAUGACCUUCUGCAAAGGAUUGAUGAACUGGUAGCAGAGGAGCACCUGGCAGUAGAUGCCAGGGUUUAUACUUACGCGUUGGCUCUGAAGCGCGCAGCAGAAAAACCGCUCCAAGUUCCUUUUAUGAAGUUCUAGAACUGGACAAUGAGAAAUUGAAUUCAAAACUGCCCCAGUUGGAUGGCUUAGAAGUAUUAACUCUUCUUGUAAUCAAGGUCAUUUGCUUUACUUGUAGAGCAAAAAAAGUGUUUGUAGUAAUGAUUCUGGUAUUUUUAUUUUGAAUUAUGUUACUGACAAAAAGCAUUUCCUCUAACUGCUCUGUCAAGCCUUGACAGAAUAUCCAUAAUAAAAAUACUGUUUAAUUUUCAGAA